AGUUACAACAUUCCCAACUCGUUUUGUGAGCUGUCCCAAACAGCUGCUGAAGUUGACAGAAGCGCAGCUUUUUGAUGUGGUGGAGCAUGGAGGUUUUGACAGUGUGUGUCGCGUUUUCAUCAUUGUUUGUGUCAGUAAUCAACGCUUUCUCUCAGUCUCUGGACAGUGACUUUACUUUCACUCUACCAGCCGGACGCAAAGAAUGCUUCUUCCAGAGCAUGAAGAAAGACGCUUCACUAGAGAUCGAGUAUCAGGUUUUAGAUGGAGCGGGUCUAGAUGUGGACUUCUUCUUGCAUUCACCCAACGGCCACGUUCUGGCCUUUGACCACAGAAAGUCUGAUGGGGUUCACACAGUGGAAACAGAGGAGGGAGACUACAUGUUCUGUUUUGAUAACACAUUCAGUGCCGUUUCUGAGAAAAUUAUCUUCUUUGAGCUGAUUUUGGACAAUAUGGAUGAUGGCGAGGAAUCGGAGGACUGGAAAGCAUAUGUGCAGGGAGCGGAUCUUCUGGACAUGAAACUAGAGGACAUCAUGGACACCAUCAACAGUGUGAAAGCUCGUCUGGGCAAGAGUCUCCAGAUCCAGACAGUACUGAGAGCCUUCGAGGCACGUGACCGCAACCUGCAAGAAAGCAACUACGAACGGGUCAACAUGUGGUCAUGUACAAACCUUGUCGUCAUGGUGAUCGUAUCCGGGGUUCAGGUCUACUUGCUGCGCAGCCUUUUCGACGACAAGAGGAAAGCGCGCACAUAGCCUCGCCCACUGCAAGACACAAAACACACACACGUAAAUCUCUCUAUUUCUCUGUCAAACUCCCUUAACUCAGUUCCUCCCAUCAAAGUGUCCUUGAGCUGAUGAUAGCAGGAAUCUCUCUCCUCCUUCCCCUCCUUUUAUCCGUCUUGCCUUGUUGUGAUGAAGACAAUCAUUUUCUACUCUUCACGAGUCAGGAACUCUGGUGCCGAUAAAAUGAGAGAUUCAAGUGGAUCUCUAAGCUGCUGCUGCUGAACUCUUCCAGGCACUGAUGAGGUUAUACUCUUAUAUUUUUUAAGAACUAGGCUUAAUAUUUUGAUAUUACACAGAUGUGAAGUGUUUGUGAGAAGUAGUGAUGUAUGAUUAAAAUAUGAAAUGUUUUGAAUGCAUUUUUUUGUACGUUAACCACACCCUAUGCCCAAUUUCUGUUUGUUUACCUGUCUGUCACUGAUAAGGCAAGCCGCACCCACAUUGCUAUGACCUUUUUCUUGUGAACUUUUCUUUAACACAUACACAUACUAUGCCAACUUAACAUGGCCAUUCUUAGAAGCCCCGAUCUGUGCCAUCCUCUCGCACAUAGGCAAGAGUUACUGGUCAGCAGAGCUGAGAUUGGGCCAGGCAGAAUGUGGAGUAAGUAAAAGGCCUUUGAGCUCUAUAAAUCACGGAUACAUGACCUGGUAAUGACAGCAGCAGCAGCUCAAUCCCUCAUCCUUCAGUGACAGUGGGGUUUUCUUACAGCAGCCGGGCAGGGGGCAGCCUGAUAGACCUAUGCAUUGGCUUCGGUGUGGGGUUAAAGGAAUAUUCUGGGUUCAAUACAAGUGAAUCUCAAUCGAAAGCAUUUGUGGCAUAAUGUUGAUUACCACAAUCCUCCUUUUCUUUUAAAAUAAGCAAAAAUCGAGGUUACAGUGAGGCACUUACAAAUGGAAGUGAAUGGGGACAAUGUUUGGAGGGUUUAAAAGCAGAAAUGUGAAGCUUAUAAUUUUAUAAAAGCACUUACAUUAAAUCUUCUGUUAAAACUCAUGUAUUAUUUGAGCUGUAAAGUUGUUUAUCAUCAUGAAACUUUUGAAAAAGUGAGUAUUUUUAUGUUCAAAAAUUGUCCCCAUUUACUUCCAUUGUAAGUGCCUCACUGUAACUUCAGUUUUUGCUUUUUUUUAAAGAAAAGGAGGGACGAGUUGAAAUAAAUUUUUGUGGUAAUCAACAUUAUGUCACAAAUGCUGUCAGUUGAGAUUAACUUGUAUUGAACCCGGAAUAUUCCUUUAAAGUUUAUUCUGAGGCUGGAUUCCUCAAAGAUUGGUGAAUUUGGCUCCUGAUAUAGAUGAACUGGUGUUCUGUGAAGGCUGUGAAUUUGAUUAAAAUGUUUUUAGUGCUUAUUGCCUUGUUUCAGCACAGGAACACUUGGGUGAACUAUGCAGUUUGUAUGAACUAUGCAGCUUCUAAAAAUCUUAAUUUGUGUUCUGCAGAAGAAAGAAAGUCAUACACGUCUGGGAUGGCAUGAGAGUGAGUAAAUGAUGAGAUAAUUUUCAUUUUGGGUGAACUAUUCCUUUAAGGAACGAAUAUUUUGCCGUGUUGUGUUCUUUGUAUGGUGACAGUCAGGCUACUUCUGUGUUCUUACUACGCCAACCAUCUUCCAGAGUUAUUUGGCCUUUGGGGAGCCAUACACACAGAAACAAUAAAUUAAGUUUACUGCAUUGAGUGGUCUUUUGAUCAAAUCACCCUCAUUUGUGCUUUUAAAUUUGAUUCUGGGUUUAUAGUAGUUGCACUGUUUUCAGUGCCCAGUCGCAAAAGGCCAGUUCAAGUCCGAUAUUUCUCAUGUGAUUUUAAUUCCUGGCUAAAUAAAAUGCCAUCAUUUAACACGUGGAUUUAUGUUAAAGGAAUAUUCUGGGUUCAAUACAAGUUAAGCUCAAUCGACAGCAUUUGUGACAAUGUUGAUUACCACAGAAUUAAUUUCGACUCGUCCCUCAUAUUCUUCUAAAUCUGGGUUACAGUGAGACACAAUGAAAGUGAAUGGGGCCAAUCCGUAAACAUAAAAAUACUCACUUUUUCAAGAGUAUAGCCACGAGAAUUAAACAAUAUACAUGCUAACAUGAUUUCAGUGUGAUAAACGUAUCGCUUGCUAACCUUUUCUGUGUACUAUUAGCCUAUAUCCAGUUUUACAACUUCGUUGUCAUGACACAACACCAUAAAACCUAAAACGACUGCAAAAAGGACAAAUUUAAACAACUUAAAGGAUCAAAUAAUGCACAAGUUUUAACAGAAAUUUAAUGUAUGUGCUUUUAUAAAAUUAUACAGUAAGCUUCACAUUUCUGCAUUUAAACCCUCCAAAAUUUGGCUCAUUCACUUCCAUUGUAAGUGUCUCACUGUGACCUCGAAUUUUGCAUUUUGUUAGAUGUCAAAAGUAUUUUUUGUGGUAAUCAACAUUAUGGCACAAAUGCUGUAGAUUGAGCUUAAUUUGUACUAAACCCGGAAUAUUCCUUUAAAUUUAGGUUAAGAGUCUAUGGUUGCACUCUUCCACAGAAAGUUUCUCAUUGAAUUCUCAUUCUAAUCCCAUGUUGCCACCUAGUGGCUUUAUCAGUGCAAACUGACAUUUGUCAAUUAUGUCAACAGAGCUAUUAAAGUGAAGCAAUUAUAAGCGAAGUAUCUUUAAACAUUGUCUGAAAAAUAAUUGUCAGAAGGGUUUAUUUUAUUUUAAAUGUCAGUGUUGCAAGUUGAUCUGUGUUGUAAAGCUCCAAGUUUUUUCCAAGUUAAAUCUUCCUCACCUCCCGAUUUAAAAGGGAUAGUUCA